AUCAAGUAUGACACAUAGAAUGGACCUGCUGUCCUGUUUGAAUAAGAAAAUCUCAUAUAAGUAGGCCUUUAAAUAAGUUUCUUUAUACAUAAAUAAGUUUCUUUAUACAUAAACCCUAUUGGUAGAACAACUAACCUCUCAGGCUUUCAUCUGUUAGUGUAGAGCAGGGGUUGGGAACCUUUUUGGUUGAGAGAGCCAUGAAAGACAAAUAUUUAAAACAUGUAUUUCCAUCUAUUUUUUAACUCUGAAUACAGCUAAAUGUGCACUUUUUUUUAAGUAAGACCAAAUUUUUUAGAGUAUAAUAAGUCUCUUAUUAUUUUUGUUAUUCUGAAGCUAACCAAUAAUAAAUAAAAUACUUUUUACCAUUAAUGCAACUUCCUAAACAGGUGCGGUAGAAGCGGAUGGAUUGAUUCAAUUGCAUGAGGAUGUUUUAUAUUUUGAACGUUAUUUAUUACACUGUGAUUACCAGCAUAUUUAUUCAUUACUUAUUGUGUUAAGCAAUGUCAGCUAAGAUUUAUCUGAUAGCCAGAUGCAGUCAUCAAAAGAGUCACAUCUGGUUCGCGAGCCAUAGGUUCCCUACCCCUGGUGUAGAGUAUUGGGAUUUAUGAGAGUAAAUGCCCAGUGGCAUACAUUAUGUUCGUCUACAGCCAAGCCAUGCUUUGCUUAUGAGGCCAUCUGUUGGGAACAUGUUUGAUUUUGAUACUGGCCUUUAACAUAUGAGCACCAAAGAUGGUGGAAUGACUUACAACACAAAUAAAUAAAAGCAAAGGGCAGGUAAGUAACUGUAUAAACACGAGUCAUAUUUGACCAAACUCACUGAUUGUUGUCCUCUUGGUGGCCUUUCUGUUUUGUUUUUUUUGUCCCGUUGCUCUACAUCCAAAACCGAGAAGCUGUCCGAGGUGCAAAAGUCCAAGAGCAAAGCUCACGGCGUCAUAAAGUGACGUUCACGGUCAGGAAAACAGCUCCGGAAUUCCAAGUUGCGCGUGUUGCCAACGGCAACCGCACAGCAGGUAACACGAAAAGCCCUUCAACUUUUCACUUCGAGGGGAGCAGCGAGAACUCUUUCGUGACGUGUAUACUUUUUAAAUAAACCACACGAACGACGACUUUUGCCCAUUCGAAGCGCGCCGCGUGUAUACAAAGAGGCUGUUUUUGUAAAAACCGAAGAUCAGGGCAAAUGUGCAUAGUACACCAUCACGACACAUGUUGUGAGUUUUGCUGAUAUUACUGCAGCAUGUUCACUGCCACUUCCCAGCCAAAGUCACAGUUACCCCACCAUGGAUCCUCUGAGGCGCACAGCAGACAGUGGAAAGCCAAUCUCUAAGCGAAAGAAAAAAGACCCCUCUUCUGUGGUUGCCAGCAGGCAAGCGACUUUGCCGCUACUGUGGCCUGUGCCGUAUUGCCAUCCGGAGUCCUCGUUGCGCAGGAGCCUUUUUGAUCCCUCUGCCAUUGUUAAUGGCGCCCCGUCUGACACAGACAGUCUUACGACUCGAUCAGGAUCAGGGAAAGUCCUCACUGAGACAACAUUUAUUAAAGGGUUUCGAUCAAGAGCUUCUGUACAAUCAUGCACAGACCAUUCCGUUGCAACUGCUGAUGAAGCAGCAGCACAGAGUCUUACAAAAACAAAUGAAUCCAGAGUCACCUUAAGACACUUAUUCAAUCUUCCUGCCAUUGUGCAUUCUGAAAGUCCUCGUCCUCCAGCAAGAGUAGACUCUCUGAAUGCCAUCCCUGAGACAAAAUGCAAAGAAAAACCAAGAAAGACCUCGGCAUCGUGCACAGACAUCCCUGCUUCAACUGCUGAUGAGGCAGUGGCACAGAGUUUUAUUGAAGAAGACGACUCUAAAGUUGUAAGAAGAGAUUUGCUCAAUCUUCCCUCUAUCACUCCAAGUAUCUCCUGUAGCAGCCCUCGUCUCGCAGGAUCCCGGAGAGGAAUCACAGAGAUAAAAUGGACGGAAAAACCUAGAGCCAAGUCUUCCCUAUCAUGCGCUGACAUUUCUGUCACGACGGCCGAUGAAAAGACGGCACAGAGUUUUACAGAGACGGACGAUUUAAAAAGCAGGAGUAAAAAGGCGACCCUGGUGGGGAAGGUUCCAGUCACUGGCAUGGAGAUCAUUCAGAUGUUUGUCAAAAACAAAGAUGUGGGAGAACUGAAGGUUUUCUACUUAAAGGAACUGGAGGGUGACACAUACAGACCUUAUGACCUGCAAGUAGUCCCAGCUAGUGAAGCUGGUCCCGAGCACUACGUCUUCACUCCCAGCACAGUGCUGCACGUCACACAGAAAGGUUACGGUGGACUCGUCAGUUUGGAAGAGUGGUACAGGGAGUCUGUGCUCUGGACAGCUUUGCAGGCAUUCCCCUUUUUCAGGGCAUUCAUAUUGAGAAAUGCAUUCAAUCGGUGGUAUAAAAAUGUGCGUCAGACUGUAUUCAACCGACGUUUUGAGGAAGUGCAGGCAAUACUGCUUACAAAUAUCCCCCAGUACAGAAAUGGCCUUUUGCUUCUAUCCAAAACCAUCCAGGAACUCAAAGAGACACACUUGCUACCCCUGGAUAAGUCUAAAAAGUACACAUUGUUGGAAUUUAAGAAUGCCCUUCUCACCAGUAUGCAACAAGUUUUGCUUAUCUUGAAAAGGUUAUCACAGUAUCGUGUCGACAUCUUUUGUAAGGCCAAAGAUGUUAGUUUUAAGGCCCAGCAGGAGCUGCAGUUGCACUUAGAGUACGCCGACAAGCAACAUCAUUGCUGCAAACCCAUUCACCUGCAUAAGGCUCACCUGCAGCAGCUACAAAGGGAGUUUGCGCUUGCCGAGGGCAUCGUGCAGAGGCUGGGGAACUUUGCCACCCUCAUCAAUCAGAUCAUUGUGCAGAGUCUCGUGACCAUCAUCAAACAGAACUCUGUGUCGUUCCUUCACAACGUUUUGAAGCGGGAAAAAUCUGUGGAUGGAUGUCUCUUCCAAUCUGACCUGUGUGUUGAUGAUGACAGUCAGCUGUCUCUUGAACCACCUUUACGUCUCUUCCGAGAAACAGUCAGUCAGGCUCUCUGGACUGUUGGUGACUCCAUCUGCCAGAUGUGUGUCACUUGUGGAUUUUUCAUGGAAGUCAGCAGCAACCUUGGUUAUCAGGAUGAAAAACCUGACCCCAGCUCCAGUUCUUCUCCUGUUGUCAUUGACUUUUCAGGUGGAAUACAGGACAUGGACGGAAUGCCUAGUCUUACACAUUAUAGCUGUUGUAAAUGGAUAGGAGAGCAGCGAUCGAACUGGACCAGGAUGAUCGUUCAGGGUCACAGGGUACCUUGGUCCUACUACCCUUUAUCCAAAGAACAACUUGUUUGGCACAUCUUUAUCAGUGAUGAUUCCAAACACAUCGACAAAGAGCAGGCCGAGCUGAUGCAGGAAGCAGAGUCAGACAUCCAGCAGUUUUUAGAGAAUUACAUGUGGUUGGUGGACAUCCAUGUGUUCAUCAAGCAAUGGAGUCCAGCCACUUUGGAGAACAUGAAAGGUCAAUCUGCUGCACUUUAUCAAGAGCUGAUUGACAAGCUGCGCUACUGGAUUGAAAGAAUUCACGUUGUCCCCUCACUGAUCUCUACUUCCAACCGGCUAUUUAUCAUCCACUGCACCCGCAUAAAAGAACAUUUAGGGCAGCGUCUGGCUUUGAUUGAAAAGGAAGUGAUGGAGGAAGUGGUCAGGCAAAUGAAAUUACAUUCACAAAGUUUAUUGUGUGAUUUGGAGGAAGGUAUUACCGAUCUAAGAAUGGAGCCCAAAGACAUGCAUGACUUCCCAAAAUAUGCUGAUAUGGUGUGGAAGUUUAUAAACAUGCUGGCGGUAAUGCAGAAACGUUUGGAAUAUGUUCACUCCCUUCGGGACAGUAUAUGCCUUAAUUAUGGAGAGAUGACUGUACAGGAGCUGAUCUUAGAGCAGAAGAUGUUGGACAAAUGGAAUUGUUAUUCUUUCCACUUAAACCAAGCAGAUAACAAUGUGUGCUCUCGUCUUCCAACUGUGGCUAACGCAUUGGACACAAUGUUCCCAUUGUUGGCUUCUGAUCUCAAAAGUAUGGUCUGCAAAGCUACCUCUGGGCCAUUUCUUGAUCCAAGGCAAAACGCUGAAAAGUUGGCCUCCGAACUGAACUACAUGUGUCUUCGUGUGGAGACUAUCACAACAAAUCUGCAACAUCUUUGCCAGAUUGGAAAAGUUCUCCAAGAAAAUCCAGUGGACUUGACAGCUUUGGCAGAAGUUAAUAAACUGACUGCCCGUAAGGAGCUUUGGGAACUUAUAGCACUUUACAGACGAUGUUUACAUGAAUGGGAGAAAGUGCUUUUCAUUCAGCUUGCUGUAUCUCAAGUUCAAGAGCAAAUUGCUCAGUGGCAGCAGAAAGUUGCAACUCUGACAAACACUAUACUGGCUGACGAUGCAGUGCUGCAGGAGGCUUCAGAAAAUCUUGAAAAUUUAAGCUGUCAAUUUAAAAUCUUAGCCCAUUUUCUGACCCCUCUAAUCAAACCAAAACACCGCAACAUUUUUUUCCGAGGCAUUGGGCUAAUGCGUGCCUCUGAUAAGAAUGUGACUGUUGCUCAGCUAAUUUCUCAACCGUUUCACACUCACCAAAAAUUCAUCAACAAGAUAUGCAGCAAUGCACAGCAAGAGUUUGAAAUGGAAAAUGAUUUCCAAACAAUUCAACAGCAAUGGAUGAACAGAAUGUUCCAGUUGCAUGACAUAAACUAUCCUUGUCGCCAGCAUGGUGAACAGGAGGUAUCGGAUGACAAUCCCACCUCUGACAUCUAUUGUAAUGUCAAAAUUUUCAUUGGCCUGGAGUUUAUCUUCAAUGACAUUGAACAUGAUUUGAUGACGUUGACAAAUAUGCAAAGGUCCCAGCACAGUGUUGACUUUAGAUUGCAAGUAGAAGAGUGGAUACACUUACUACAAGAGUUUGAAACCUUGUUGCAUUUAUUUGAAAUCUAUCAACAAAAAGUUAUCUUUCUGUCAAAGGCCUUUGAAGAGACAUCUUUGGGUGUUCAAAGAUGGGAUUUGCUGGCACAAUUUAAAUCGGUUCAAAAUACUUUCAAGACCAUGCUGCAUGCUAUCUCUACACAACCCAAUGUGUUAAAUCUCGUUAAUCCCAAAAUGGCCAAUGAUCAAUUGCACAGCGCAAGCCUAGGCCAAAUACUCAUUGACGGCCUUUCGACAAUGGAAGCUAUUUCCAACCAGAUAGCCGAUCACCUCCAUUCUUUCUGCAGUGCCUAUCCAAGGCUCUACUUCAUAAGUGACAGAGAAGCUCUUGAACUGCUAUCUUUAAAAUCGACACCUACAUCUCUGCUACCUUUUGUGCAGAAAUUCUUCAAAGGGGUACAGUGUCUUGAAGUGGAAAAAACACAUAGUAAAAUGGAUCCAAAGACAAUAUGUGACUGCCACGCACAGAAGACGGUACUUGGAGUUUUUGGCAAGCUACAAGAACACAUUACUUUUCUCUGUCCUUUGGAAGCGAGUCCCGAUCCCUUGAUUUGGCUCAGUAUGUUUGAGGAACAACUAAAGGCCGCUUUGAAAGAGCUUGUGAAGCAGUGUGUUAAUGAAAAAACACAACUGGAACCAAACAGUAAAUACUCUGCAUGUGAUGAUAGCCAAUGUGGUUAUGGGCAUGGACUUGCAUUGCCUGUGCUGGAUCUGACAGAUAAAUAUCCCCUUCAGUGUCUGCUAGUGGCAGAGGAAAUAACAUGGUACCAAGUCCUUAAACAGGCUUUUCAGGAAUCAAGCUCAAUUAAGCUUAGCACCAUCAACACAUGUCUUAGUGUACAACUGGAAAACCUAUGCCAAUAUAUAAGGGAUACAGCAUCUUCAAAGUACAUAACCACAUGCUUGUGUACUUUGGUGCUCCUUACAAUCAAACACGCACAGCAAAUAACCCAAUUAAUGCUGGUGCAAUGUAUUCCUGAGUCCUCUUUUGAGUGGGUAAGUUCCCUCAAGUAUUAUAUAACUUCAGAGGGUCAAAGCCUAAAAGGAACUGAUGAUCCACAAUGUUAUGUGGAUGUUAUGAACCACAGACACCAAUAUGGUUAUGAAUAUUUUGGUCCAGAGGGCUGGGGAUUGGUACACACCCCCUGCACAGAUCGAGGGAUGAUUGGGACUCUCCUUGCGGUGAUGUGGUAUCGAUGUGGAUUUGUGAGUGGUCCGCGCACAUCAGGAAAGACCAAGGCUGUGGUCUAUUUAGGGAAAGCAUUGGGGCGACUCGUUGUGAUGCUACAUUGUUGUCCAAACAUGGCGCUUAAUUUUUUUCAAAAGAUGUUGCUUGGUGCUCUUUUGACUGGCGCAUGGAUUGUGCUGAAGUCUGUAGAACUGUUGCCUCAGGUUGUCCAAGCAUCCCUGGCUCAACAGCUCGAAGAAAUUAACCAGUGUUUUUCUGGGUUGUCAAGAAAGAAGAAACAAGGUGUGCAAGAGGAGGAAAAGUCUGAUUUAGACAUUGUAUUUUCAGGGGUGAGCAUUACUGCUAGCGCAAACUAUGGAUGUGUUCUCAUAUCAUCAAAAGGAAGCACCUCUGAGAUUUCAAAAAGUCUGCGAUUUUCAACAAGACCUGUGGGAUUCACGCAUCCCGAUAACAGAAUAAUCGCAGAGCUAAUGCUGACUUCCUUUGGUUUUAGAGAGGCAAAGUCUUUAAGUCAGCGUCUGGUGUCUCUCAUCAGCCUCACCAAGGACUGCUUUUGUCUGCCUAAGUUCAACGCACAAGACCAGGGCAGCCACCUUGUUGCCUUGCAGCGUAUCUUGUCUGCCUCUAAAAAGCAAUUAAAAGGAAUCAUUCUGGAUAGGAAAUUUUCAGGUAAGGCUAGACUGUCGUUAGUCAUACAAGCUAUUCUUACUUCUCCAGAAAAUGAGUGGGCAGAAGAGUUUAACACGACUGACGAACAGGCAGUUAUACCCGGAUUAUUAGAGGAGAUAGCUAUUGUCAAAGCAAUCCAUUCCGUCUCAUUGCAAAUGAUUUAUGUACCUGAGAAAACCACACAGUUCAACGGCAUUUUCAAAGACAUGUUUCCUAUAGCGUGUCAGCUUCCAUUUAUCCUACAAUAUACUAAGGAUGAAAAAGAUCACAGACUUGAAGAGGCAGUAAAGGGCGAAUUAGAACAGCAGUUGUGUCAGUGUAACUCCGAAACAAUUUGCCAAGUUUUUGCACUCUAUCAGACUUUGAGAUUUUCUCAGGCAGUGAUACUUGUUGGACCCUCUGGGAGUGGAAAAACAACUUGUUACAAUACUCUAGCAGAAGCCCUUAGUAAACUGGCGGACAAAACAGAACAUUUCUCUGAUAAGAAAAUGCUUAAAAUGGGUACCCUGUGGACAAGGCAAAAAAGCUCUACUAAAGACUGGAACAUUAUCAACACUGUGGUCCUAUUUCCUAAUGCCAUGUCUCACGAGGAGCUUUUUGGUAGCUUCUCUGAUAAAUUAGGGUGGCAAGAUGGAGCGGUGACCAAGGCUUUGAGAGAUUCAGAAAGACACAAAUAUAGAAAAGUGGAGGGAAAGAACUCAAGUCAUGACAACAAAGCACAGAAAUGGCUUGUAAUGGAUGGCAAGCCAGUGGGGCAACCCGGCUGGCUUGAUCAUAUAGGCAUACUGGGCAAUCAUGAGGAACCAUCUUUAAGCCUACCAUCUGGUGAAACUCUUGAGCCAUCCCAAUCACACUUCAAGUUACUCGUGGAAACCACUGACCUUAGUCACGCAAGCCCAUCUGCAACGACACGCUGCAGCCUCAUUCAUUUCUCCAGCACUGAAGUUUGGAAAGAUGUGUGGAAGAGUGAAAUUGAUUUUCUUAAUUACAAUCAUAUCCUGGAUCGAGAUACACUGAAUAUGUGGACUGAGGUGGCAGAAGAUCUUUUCUCGAGCACUCUCAGUUCACUGAAGAUGAAUGGGAUUUCUACUGAAGGUCAAUCUUACACGAAUGGGCUGGUAGAAAUAAUGUCGUUCAUUCGAAUCCUUCAUGCCCUCCUGCAGCAUUUUUCCAAGGAAUUGAAUAAGGAUAAAGGACAAAAAGACACAAGAGCAGAUAUGCCUUUACAAAGCGAUAACUCUUCAGGCACAGAUUCCACAAUAAAUGAAGAGAUUUUUCUCCUGUCUUAUAUUUGGGGGUUUGGUGGAAAUCUCCAUACACGUCUUUGGCCACAAUUUGACGUUGUCGCCCGCCAAGAGCUAGCUAAUUGUCCAUUUAAUAUUGUGGUGCCAGAUGAAGGGACUGUGUUUGAGUCCUUCUUUAGCAUUGACAACCGGAUAUACACCAAGAACACAAUGUUGACAAAGUCCAUUACGCCAAAGUAUUGGAAAUAUACCUGUCUGCUGACCGUCAUGUUGGAGGCAAACCAGCCAGUGUUACUUGCCGGAGAGCCAGGCUCAGGAAAAACUACCGUGUGUAACAGCCUGCUGUGUUUUGAUAAGCCACACAUUAAACUACCAGCUAGUUCUAUACGGGGUUCCACAGACCUGUGCAAUUUACUGUGCAGAAUUAGCCACCGAAGGACCUGUCAAAACACCACGGGUGUGAUGAGCCAACAGCCUGGGCUGUUGCUUUAUGUGGAUGACUUGCAUGAAACACCAUGUGAUGCGACUGGGAAGAUUUCCAGGAUCUUGGAGACUCUACGACAAAGUAUUUCAAAAUCAGGGGUUAUUUCAUGUGACACUGCCCAAUUCAAGGUUCUUAGUCCUGGGACAAUUACCUACUUGGCCACCUGUUGCAUACUUGAACUGGACAAUCCGCACGUUAACUUGAUAUGCUCCAGGCUGUCACGUUUGUUCUCCAUCUUUGUACUUCCAAGUUUAACUACUGAGUUGAUCUUGUCCAUUCAUUCGCCUCAGCUAAAACUCUGGCUCAGGGAUUUUUCCUUUAUCCCAAGUGUGACUGACAUGUUAGAUUGUAUCAUCAGAGCCACAAAAAACUUGUUUGAGGAUGUUUGCGAACAUUUCCAACCCACACCACAGAAGCCAUAUUUUUUGUUUUCCCAUAAUGACCUGCAAAAAGUUUUCCAGGGACUGUGCUUGUGGCAGCCUGAUCUUCCAAAAACAGAAUUGAAAGACCCAAAAUUAAAAUCCAGGUGUUCUUCGAUCCCUCAAGAACCUUUGGCAACAGAGCUUAACAUUGUGCAUCUGUGGGUACACGAGUGCAUACGAACAUUAGGUGACCGGAUUAGCUCAGAGGACGAAAUCAACGCACUUUUGUCACUAAUUACCAAGGCGGCUACUGCACACUUUACAUUGCAGUUGCUCGAUGACUCCUACCUCGACACUGUUUUUUUGCAAAGUUCCACACAAGACACAACAAAGUUAGUCCCAUCUCCAAAACCAAACCCAUCUGCGUCAACAGAACCAUUUUUGUCUUUUGUGGGAAAAAAUUCCUGCAAAUUCCAAGGUCGACAAGCCCAGUUUCUUCAGCACUUGCAAAAAGUUGCUACAAAUCUUGCAUAUGGCCCACUGCUUUCUGACAAUACUAUAUUCAAUUGUAGGCAUUGUUAUCAGCCACGGGAUAUCAAUGCACUUGUGCAGCAUGUGUCUGCAUUUAUAGACAUAAAAGGACACAACAAGGAGCAGGAAGUUGAUUUCCACUUUACAUCACAGUAUGUUGUGCACAGACAAAGGAUGCACCAGCUGCUGCAUAUCAUCAGGGCUCUAUUGAUACCAGGAGGUCACGGAGUGCUAAUGGCCUCAGGCAGAAGCACAGGACGUAAGACCACUGUGCGUCUAGCUGCCUGUGUCACGAGCUGUCACCUGAUGGAGGUACACGCCGGGAACGAGAAUCAGUUACAUACGAUUUUAAAAGACGCUGGGAAUCUGACUCGGGUCAGUGAAGUUAAUACCGUCAUCCUGGUCCAUGAGAAUAUAAGUUCCUCUGUCAGGGAUGAGCUACUGGUGGCCCUCAGAGCCUACCCAGGGCUCCACACAGACCAAGAGCUAACUCAACUUGUUUCUCGGGUGACUGCUGUGAAUAAAACAACAAAAUUCCUCUUGGACAGCUGGAUUUUUGACAAGUGCUUGUGUCAAAACCUCAGAGACGUGCAUGUAUUUCUGUUGAUGCCUUUUGUUACAUCAGCUAACAGUGGGAACCUGGAAUGCAAGGCACGAAUGACCAAAGCACUAGGCCUCUGCUGUGUCGAGUUGUACCAUCCUUGGCACAACCAGUCUUUAGCAGAAGUUGCUGCUCAGUGCCUGACAAAAAUUGGCCAAAAUGUCUCCAUACAAGGUUCCUCACAGACUGGCCUGGCUGCAGCAAUGGCAGGUAUCCAUCAGUCGGCAUAUCAGUAUGCGUCUGUCCUUCUAAUGGCACAGCCCUUCAGCCCUUAUUCAUAUACGGAGUUCAUGUCACACUUUGCUUACAUCUGCAAAGUCCUCCACAAUGACUUGGAUGAUCGAACCAACAGACUCAACGCUGGUCUAUAUCAUUUGGAUAAUCUGGACAAAAUCGACAUGAAGUGCGAACAGGAUUUAAUUAGAAUUCAGGGAAAGGCUACCGAGAAAAAGCAGCAUGUCAGUGAGCUUCUACUAGCUAUAGAACAUCAGAAGAGCUUACUUAAGAAAGCUCUAAAGAAACGUGCUGCACAGGAGACAAAAAUACAGAUUCUCGAGGCCAGGAUCCUUGAAUCUGAUAAUGUGCUAAAUCCGUUUUUCUUGGCAGCAGUCGGUGUGCUGGAAAGUCUGGACCCGUUAGAACUAGAGGAGGUGCGCCACUAUAGAGACCCACCUGAGGGAGUGGUGCUAGUCAUGGAUGCUGUUUGCUUGCUCUUCGACUGUCCACCUGGCUGGCCCAGUGCAAAAAGACUUUUUGGGCAGUGCAACAUGUAUAAGUGCUUGGAAUCGUUUGACUUCUACGGCAUUACAGACAAGCAAAUGGAUCAACUUGGUCAGUUAAUUUCAAGCCCCAUGUUUGUGCCAGAGUUUGUGCGGGAGGUGAGCAGGGCCUGCGAGACUCUGUCCCGCUGGGUCCUGGCUGUGUACAGAUGUGGCCAAAUGAGGUACCAGCUGAUGGUCCGGAAGCAGCUGGAUGGGCAGCUGAAGACAGCGCAAUCUCGACUGAAACAUAUCAAGAGCUACAUGGAGGACAUAAAAUGUCGUCUUGAAAAUCUUGGUCUUCAGCUGCAGCCUUUGCAAAAGGUGUUGGACGAGCAACUGGUGCUGUUACACAGAGCUGAGGAGUUGAAGAGGAAUGCUGCUAACGCUGUAGAGUUGUUAGAGAGACACACUAAAGUGUGGAGAGCUGAAGCUCAGGAAUCACUGCUGCAGAGACAAAGAAUACCAGGAGAUGCUGUCAUCCUGGCUGCUAUUAUCUCAUAUUUAGGUCCCUUUGCGGCUGAUGUACGCACUGAAUUGCUGAGCAAGUGGAGGAAGUUGUGUCGGACAGGAAUUAUCGACACAAACCCUAAAGACCCUAGAAGCUCUAUGUUCACCUCCACUGACAUCACACCUCCCGAGUCUGACACCAGUUUUCCGGUCGCCCUCUCUGACACGCUGCGGCUGCCUCUGUGUCGGGUGUUGGGGAUGAAAAAUGAGUGGCCAAUGCACGAGACCUCAUCCACCAGAUUGGUGAUGAAGCUGCUGCUGUGGGGCUGCAGGAGGACCUGGGUUAAACACUGGCCACUAUUGGCUGAUACACAGCAUCAUCUAGAGAUCAACUCUGAAAAUGGGGUCCUUACAGGCGAAACAGGAGACGAUGCCACUCUUGGGAAAGAGUUAGAGUGCGAAAUAGUGAUUAGUGCUGAUGAUCCAAGGCUGCUGUUUCAGUUGAGCCUGGCUACUGAGAAAGGUUGGAAAGUCCUGGUUACUCAUGUAGAACGUGCAGCAGCCAGUCCACAUUUUCUCGCUAACCUCUGCCGUCCUGGUGGUUGUUGCCCUCCUGGGAUGAAACAGACUCCCCAUCAGACACACCCAGAGUUCUGCCUCUUCCUCAGCACCCACCUACCUGCCCGACUGCUUAGCAACGCCGUCCACCCGUCCAUACUGGCUGAGGUGUUCGUGGUUGACCUCUCGCCAAGCUCGGAUCAGAUCCAGGAGCUGAUGCUGACACAGCUACUGCAGUCGCAGUUCAAAGAGAUGCUGAUUCAACACCUGCGGACACAGAAUGACAAGCACCUGCUUCAGAGGAAACUAGCCACAGAGGAGGAAUCUGUGAUGAACGCCAUCCUGCUGUCCAAUGCAACACAGAUGCAACAGUCCGGCUUCCUCACGCAUGUGGCGGUGAUUCAAGAAUCAAUGACAUGCGUGGAGACUGAGAUCCAGCUGGUGCAUGAGGUGACGGAGUACCUCAAGCCACUGUUGGAUGCUCCUCAGCAACUUGUUAGGCUUGCUGUGUUCUUCUACCAGGCUUUGCAGGAGGUGUCUCGCCUCUCCCCAGCCUAUUACUUUUCCUUGUCCGACUUCCUGGCAGUGAUUCACGAGUCCUUUGUUGAGAAGGGCAGAACGCUUGUAUCAUAUGCCACUGGACAAGUUGUGGGGGGAGUGAUACCGGAGAUUAGGAACAAAAUGGUGGGCAAGUUGCUACUUCACUACAGGCCUUGUUUGUUUAAAAGUCACUGUGAUGUCCUCAAACUGUUGCUGACUUUGGCUGUGAUGAAACACAACCAGCUCUGCUCUCCACCUGAGAGGGCAACCUUCCUCAAGGGAAUCACAGACAUUCUAAACUUUGAACCACAAAUGUCGUCAUCCCCAACAGAAAUACCUUGUUGGAUAUCUCCUCAUGUUCACCCAGACCUUAUCUGUUUGGAUAAGAUGUCAUCUUUUAGAGGAAUUAUUUUCUCUAUGGCCUCUUCACAAGAGCAAUGGCAAGAGUACCUGAGCUCCCCUUCCUCCGUUGUAACAGGACCAGCUCCCUGUGACUCUCACUCCCAUCUGUCAUUGAUGCAGAGGGCACUCCUUUUGAAGACCCUUAGCCCGUUCUGCAUAGAGGAACUUGCUAGAGCCAUGGCUAUUUGUCAGCUCUGCCCUCCUCUCCAUACAGCAGCGAUUAAUGCACCCCACUACGGGAACCCUCAGGCUCUUCAUCGACUUAUUCUAAAGCAUGAGGGACCCAUCAUGCUAACAUGGCCCUGUCCAUCUAAAGAUAAGUGGACAUGCACUCAGCCUCUCCUCCUAGUGAAGCAGUUGGCCUCCAUUGCAGCACAAAAAACGGUGAAAGUGAUUUCUGCAUCAGGAGUUUACAACAUCGAGGUCACCAUCUCAACUCUGGGCAAAGCAGUUAGAGACGGCCAUUGGUUGGUUUUUAAUGACUGUCACCUGUUUGAGCAAUUGGACGCUAACAUAGAGGCGCACCUCAAUCAGCUGAUAUCUCCAAUUGGAAGAAAAUACAUGAAAGAGCCCCACCCAAACUUCCGAUUGUGGUUUUUAACUGAAGAAACUGCAUCCACAUGCAUACCCGAAUCAGUGCGAAUGUGUGCCUUGCCUCUGGUCUGUGACACUUCCUGGGAUGUGAAGGAGGAGCUGAGCAGCUCUUUGCAACUCCUGUCGUCGGUCGUACGGCAUCAGGUGCCUCCAGGCUUGAUGGCUGACAACAUGGAGCUUCUUCUGCGUUGUGCAACCUUCCAUACGGUUUUAUUACAGAGACAGGCCUACAAAUAUUUGGGCCAGGCCAUAAUCUGCAGCUGGGGCCAGUCAGACCUUCUGGCCUUGGCGGAUGCUUUCAUAUCCCUUGCUAGUCUGUGCCACGACAAGCCUAAAGCUUUACAGUAUAUAGCAGUCAACCUUGUGUAUGGUGGCCAUGUUCUGGAGUCUACAGAUUCAGACGUAGUCCAGAGUAUAGUUGAAAUCUGCUUCAGCAAAGAGCCACUUCUGGACUCUGGGCCACACAUGCUUGCAAAUCUCGUCAGCAGGACUGAGCACCGGGAUUUGCCCAAACUGAUAAAAGCCCUGCAACAACAUCUCUUGCUGUCGCUGAACAUCAGCGACCCUAUUCUAUUGGGUUUCAGUGUUGACGUGCCAGCUGAAACUAUCAAGGUCAACAGCCACAAACUGAUUUUACUGCUGCAGGCCUCCCAGACUCCUGAAGGAAUAGCCACAUGUUACAGCAGGGACAUGACGGUGCUGCCAGAACUGAGCCACAUUAGAGAGCGACUUCAGACCCUGCAGGACUACAUGACACACGAAAACGAAGUCCGUGCAAGAAAUGCAGGAGCUGUUUUCCAAAGCGCUCUUUAUGACUUCCUUCUGGCCGAGUGGAAUGAGCUCAGUGGCUCGGUUUCCUCGCUGCUCUCACAGCUCAGGCAGCCACUUCGAUACAUGGCGGCCACCGUCCUUUCCCUGCCCGACCUCACCGCUCUAUCUCGUUUGGAGCGGCGGGCCAAACUGCUCAGUGCUUAUCUGUGGAACGACAACACUUCCUCUCCACGAGGCGCUUACAGACUGUCUGCUUUCACUAAUGCAAGGGGUCUUCUGGUGGCCCUGAUGAGAAGGGCUGCUAAAUUGCAUCACAAGUGCCUCAGCGAUAUUACUCUGCAUUUUGAGGUCCAUCGCGAUGAUGCAUUCUUUGAUAUUCCUCCAAAGGAUGCCGUGUUCUUGUGCGGCCUGCAGCUGAGAGGAGCAUCAUGGGAGCCGAAUAUUGGAGCAUUCGAAAACACACACUCCACCGAGCCUUGUUCCAUGCCUCUAAUUUGCGUCAGGGCCGGAGUAAAAGAACUUAACUUCCCGCCUCCCAGGAGUGCUCUUCCUGUCCAUAAGUGUCCACUUUAUGUGGAGGACCUACACACGGGAGAGGAGCGACUAGCUGAUUUUAGCUUAGUCGAUACUGUUCCGCUUCCCUGCAAUUCAGAACUUUCCUUGUGUAGUUUAAAGAUAGUUCGGUUAGUGAGUAAGCUCUGUGACAGCUAGACACACAUUGAAAUGCCGAACAAUGUUUUCUAUUUACCUGUUAGCAUAAUAUAUCUUUAUAUUGCAUAGUUUUUUUUCAUUAAAAUGGUUAUCCUCUC